ACCUCAACAAUUAGUAAUAAAUAACACAUACCUAUAUGCUCAUCAACUUUUAAAAAACAGCUAAGUAUAUCAACUUUUAAAAAAAAAUUAAGGAUUUGACAGUACAGUUGACAGUGUUGAGGUCGUGUCGAAAAAUGAGUACUGUUUAAUUUUAUUCGUUACAUAUAUAAAAAUACAAAAUGCAAGGAAUCAAUCAAGGAAACCAUUCGAUGCCCAACAUGCGCGCGAGCACCGCCAGCGAAGCGGACAUCCGUCGCCUCCGCAGUUUGUCUUUGUCACAGAUCAGGAAACACGCCGAGUUCGCUGAAUACAACCAUAAGCCCACACCCUUUAACAUCCGCUGGAUCUACGGCUACAAUCCGAAAGUGGGUGUGAUAAACUUAAACGAUAAGGGUAGUACUACGAUAUUCUACGCUGCGUCGAAUUGUGCAGUACUGUAUAACUGGACCACCAAUCAAAUGAGGAUACUGCAAGGACACAGGCACGUGGUGUCAUGUAUCGCAUCAGAUAGGCAAGGCAAAUGGCUUGUAACAGCAGACUCAGGUCCUGAGAAUAUAGUUAUAAUUUGGGACAGCAGUAAUAAUUUUCCACAAAGGACAUUAUUCUCCCCCCAUCGUGAUAUUAAAGUUUCAAGAGUUGCUUUGAGUGCAGACGCAAAGUAUUUAUUAACUUUAGGAUACAAAGAAAAGGCAGUGCUGUUUUGGUGGAUUUGGUCUUUCGGAGAGGAUAAACCCCAUGCUGUUUUAGAAGUAAAUUUUCGAGACUCCGUUGUGGCGAUGGAUUUCAAUCCUUACAAUUCCGAACAAUUUCUGUUGAUGUCAAAAAGAGAUAUAUUCAUAGGAGUAUCUGGUAAAAUAUUUGUCAUGGAGAGAGGAGAGAGGAAAGAAACUGACAAAUAUGAAUUAAAAGUAAGGAAGCUAGAAACAACAAUAAGCCCAGAUUUUGGGAAGCUGACCUGCUUCACUUUCGUGCAAGACACUGCUCAAAUCCUGGUUGCCACGAGCAGGGGUGCCGUGCUCGUAUUUGGAUACACAAUACAGUACCAGCAGAAAAUACAACCUACGAGUUUUGAGAAUUUGAGAUUCGUAAAGGUUUUCAGAAUCGAAAAGUAUAAAAUAAACGUCAUCACAAGUAUUGAUGGAGUGAUAACAACAGGAAACAAUGGUGGUGAGAUCCACUUCUACGACGAGCAGAUGAAGCUGCUGUACUGGAUCCACGGCUUUCAAGUGGACAACGUGCGUCACAUUAGCUUCAACAUCUCGCCAAGAAGCUACCAGAUAUUUGACCCUGAAUGUAACAAACCAUGCCUCUGUUGGGAAAAAGUAGUACCAGAGAUAGACCCCGAGACUGGUCACUUGAAACAGAAGUUACUCAAGCAACAGUUGCCCAGCGACGCCUCCGUUGGAGGCAAACCGAUCAUCGUUCGAGAUUUUAUCGUGUGCACCCUCAACCAAGGCGUAGGUUUUGUUGACUUCGUCACCGAGAAGCUGGUUACAGUGCUGGACAACAGAGUAGCGCAUGCUUUAUCAAUUUCGGUUCAUCCUGAGAAGCCAUUUGUGUGCGUAGGAUAUGCAGACGGUAUCGUUGAAUUAUUCGAUUUUUUACAACACAAAUCAUUCUCAAGACUCGAUCUGCGAGCCCACUACAAAGUGGUCAUUCCUCCUAAAUGUGAUUCAAUAAAAUACAAUUACGAAGUGACAAUUCCUCAGCUUUCUGUCACUUGUCUUAAGUAUUCUCCUUCAGGUUUUCAUCUCGCAUGUGGUUUAAAUUCUGGUGAACUAUUAUUCCUUGAUCCAAGUACUAUAUGUAUAUUAACUGAGACUCCAUUCAAGGACACCAGGCAUGCGAUAAAAGAAAUUACAUACAGCUGUGAUUCUUUGACCUUAGCUUUUUCAGAUGCAGGCAAAACUGUCGGGGUAUAUAAAUACAAUUGCACUACGCAUAAAUGGAAUUUCAUUGGAAAACAUAGAGCUCAUUACAAAGACAUAACAGCCAUCUUAUUCUUGCCGUACAAGACCGAAAAACAGGAGUAUCAACUGGUGUCUUUCGGUGCAGACAGAACUAUGGUGGAGUACGACAUAGCGAACAGUUCAGACGAGUACUUGGAGAUAUUCAGUCUGGACCGCAUGGAUCAGACUGCGGUGCCACUGGCCGGGAUUGCGUGGCCGGGGUUAAAAAACUUGGACCCUGCGGUGCAUCGUACCGACAUGCAUUUGAUACUUGUUGCAAAUGACGAGUACAAAUACAAAAUAAUCAACUGUGCAACAACAAUGACCAUGUCGACGGUCCUGGGUCCUUGGUACGAGCACCCUGUGCGUAAGAUGCAGCUCAUUUCCAAGACAGAGGAAGGCGAAGAGCUGCAGUAUCUUUUGUUUGCCACCAAAAACGUUAUAGGACUACAGAAAAUGCCGUUAGACGGUAACCCUUGGAAACAUGUUGGGUUGCUCGGACAUCCUAUACAGAUUAUCGAGAUGUGCUUCCGUGAGGAUAGUGGUACUCUGUUUACUAUUGGAGCCAAGGACAGUUGUAUGUGCCAAUGGGCUGCUAAUUACAGAUCAGUGGACUCAACGACAAAGUUGGGCGGCGAGAAUCUAGACCCAUAUUACUGCUUGAUUGAAAAUGGUCGUCCGGGCUGGCUGUUCCAAGAGAUCAGAGAUCUCUUCUACUACGUUCAGAUAUUAUGUCAGGGGACUUUCUCGCCGGCGAUGCGGCGCGUCAAGGAUUAUAUACCGAUUGAUUCAUUGCCUGAUCUGAUGAGGGCAUUAGGCUAUUUUCCGUCUGAAUAUGAGGUAGAAAACUUGAUAGUGGAAGCGAAAUAUAAGGUCUACCAGCGGAUACCAUGUACAGAGAUUGACUUUGAAGAGUUCGUGAAGCUAUAUUUGAACCACCGUCCUGCGUUCGGAUACAAUUAUCAACAAAUUCGCAAUGCGUUUCGCAACUUCGCUACGCUUCAGAAAGAGACGUAUAUGAUGUACCGCGAUGAUUUUAUUGAUAUGCUCGGUUCCUAUGGUGAAUGCUUCUCCCGCGAGUUGUCAUGGUACCUUCUCUCCAUACUGUCUGGACAGAGUUUCGACGAUCGAGCAACAAAUGCUGAAGAUGACUUCUCAUUUAUACCAGAGGAAAUAACAUUCAGUCAUUUGGCUACAAAUAUAAUGGGUAUACAAGAUGCAGACAAUCUGUCCGAGCAAUUCUCGGCUAUGGAGUCGCUAGGCUCUCAGACGAUGUCCUCUGGCGAAUCCGAAGAAAAAAUCAACUGAUUUAUAGAAUUUAUUAUAUCUCUGUUCUCUUAUAUUUAUAUUAAUUAUACACAAUAAAAUUAAUAAACUAAAAUAUA